AUGAGUGGAGUAUUAGUAUCAGAUAAGGCGCGUCAUCUUUAUACAAAGAUGCGGGAGUACCCAAACUCCAAACUCUUUGAUCAAGAUGAAUUACAAACAUUAUUUGACAUCAAAAAGGGGUCUGAAUUGAUGGAAUAUUUACAAGAAUUAGUCAAUGGGAAAUAUGUCAAAAUCAGUAAAAUGGGAGAUCAAUUAAAAUUCCAAACUGUAGCUGAAGAAGAAGCUAAAAAAGUGUCAUCAAUGUCUGAUGAUGAAGCCAUGAUUUAUUCUUAUAUUGAAGCUUCCGGUCGUGAAGGGAUUUGGACUAAAACCAUCAAAGCCAAAACCAAUUUACAUCAACAUAUUGUCCAGAAAUGUUUGAAAAAUUUGGAAAAUAAUCGAUACAUUAAAAGUAUAAAAUCGGUGAAGCAUCCAACAAGAAAAAUUUAUAUGUUGUAUAAUUUGCAACCUAGUAUUGAUGUUACUGGUGGUCCAUGGUUUACUGAUUCAGAAUUGGACACGGAAUUUAUAGAGACAUUAUUAGAAGUGUGUUGGAGAUUUAUUGUUGGUAAAACCAUGUAUAUAAAGGAUGAAAAUGCCGAUACUGAAGAUAGUAACCCACUUCAAACAACAUACCAUAACCAUCAUCCAGGAGUAAAUUUGGAUCAACUUGUUGAGUUUAUAAACAAUAGUAAUAUCACUAGUGUUGAGUUGGGUAUUAAUGAUAUUAGAUCAUUAUGUGACGUGCUAAUCUAUGACGACAGAAUAGAAGAAGUUGGUGGGAAUCAAGAAAAUAGUGGGAUUUUUAAAGCCACUUGGCAAAGUAUAAUAGAUAAAGGUAACACAAUUCUACAAAACAAUUAUCAAGAUUUGAAAAAUGCUGUUUCUGAUGAUUGUCUUAAUUAUUUACAACAAAAUCAAUCCGAUUUCAGUGUUUUUCAAUACAAAUCCACUAUCCAAGAUCUUCAAGAUGAAUCAGAUCUAGUGUAUUUGGAUAGUUGGAUGAACGAGUAA